UCUGAAAGAGAAGAAAAUAUGAAAUAAAUAUAUAAAUGCGCGAGGUGCAGCUCCGCCAGAGACACGCGCGUGUAUGCGUGCGUGCGUGACCGAGUGUGUGUGUGUGCCGUCUGUCUGAAGCAUGAAGCGCGUGCAUUGAGGAGGCAAAAUACCAUCUUCACCAUCAUCCUCUUCAUCAUUGCACGAGACAGAGCUGUUCACACGCGCAGGGAGGAGAGGAGCUCGUGACAUUUAUUUGACUCGUCGCGCAGACAGUUGUAGCGCACACGCGCGCAUUAAGACAGGGUGUGUGUGUGUGUGUUUGUGUGUCUGUGUGUUCUCUUCAUUACUGUUAAUUGGCGUAUUUACUAGGGUGUCAUUUAUUAGCGCCGACACGCGCGCGCGUCUUGUUAACCGUUUCUACGCCAUCCGUGGAACAUCGGACCUCAUGUCGUGAUCUCGUCGGGUUUAUUCAUAUGGAUUAACAUAUGAUCUGAACUCAACCUAUAAUUGCUCCUCUCUCCUCCCCUCUCCGCUCUUCUCCUCCUCUCCCUCCCUUAUGCUCAGUUCGGUGUGUGUCUCCUCAUUCAAAGGGCGCAAGGGUGGGAACAAGUCGUCCAACAAAGCAUGUUACAGCGCCGACAUGACUUGCCCGUCGGAAAGCGAGAAGAUCGUCAUCAACUGCGGCGGCGUGAGACAUGAGACGUACCGGAGCACCCUGAAGACGCUGCCCGGUACGCGGCUGUCGUGGCUCACUGAGGUGGACGCGUUCAACAACUUCGACUACGACCCCAAGUCCGACGAGUUCUUCUUCGACCGCCACCCGUCCGUCUUCUCCUUCAUCCUCAACUAUUACCGGACGGGCAAGUUGCACUGUCCCAACGACGUUUGCGGCCCGCUGUUCGAGGAGGAGCUCGCCUUCUGGGGCAUCGACGAGACGGACGUGGAGGCGUGCUGCUGGAUGAACUACCGACAGCACCGGGACGCGGAAGAGGCGCUGGACAGCUUCGAGAACCCUGAGCCGGAGGUGCCCGAGGACGAACCUGCGCUCGCGGGGGACGGAGAUCUCAAGCGACUGUGUCUGCAGGAGGACGGCAGGAAGGCGGGCUGGUGGCGGGUGUGGCGACCCAGGAUCUGGGCGCUUUUCGAGGACCCCUAUUCAUCCAAAUACGCGCGGUAUGUGGCGUUUGGAUCCCUCCUCUUCAUUCUCAUCUCCAUUUCCACCUUUUGCAUGGAGACACACGAAGCUUUUAACACCAUCUACAACAGAACUGAGAACGUUACGGAGGGGAACGUCACGAAAGAGGAGAUUGUGUACGAAGUGGUCACGGACAGUUGGCUGACGUACGUGGAGGGCGUGUGCGUCAUCUGGUUCACCAUCGAGGUGAUCACGCGCGUGGUCUUCUGUCCCGACAAGGCAGAGUUCUUCAAGAGCGCGUUGAACAUCAUUGACUUCGUGGCCAUCCUGCCCUUCUACCUUGAGGUGGGUCUGAGCGGGCUGUCCUCAAAAGCGGCGAAGGACGUGCUGGGCUUCCUGCGGGUGGUGCGGUUUGUCCGGAUUCUGCGUAUCUUCAAGCUGACGCGUCACUUUGUGGGCCUGCGCGUCCUCGGACACACGCUUCGCGCGAGCACCAACGAGUUCCUCCUGCUCAUCAUCUUUCUGGCGCUGGGAGUUCUCAUAUUCGCCACCAUGAUCUACUAUGCCGAGAGGAUAGGAGCGAGUCCCGACGACCCUACAGCGAGUGGGCACACCACCUUCAAAAACAUCCCCAUUGGUUUCUGGUGGGCUGUGGUGACCAUGACAACACUGGGCUACGGAGAUAUGUAUCCUGAGACGUGGUCAGGCAUGCUGGUGGGGGCGCUGUGUGCCCUCGCAGGGGUGCUGACUAUUGCCAUGCCCGUGCCCGUGAUUGUAAAUAACUUUGGCAUGUAUUAUUCGCUGGCCAUGGCCAAGCAGAAGCUGCCCAAAAAGAAGAAUAAACACAUCCCGCGAGCUCCGCAACCCGGCUCACCCAAUUACUGCAGGCCGGACGCCCUCGCCAUGGCCACAGCCUCGCCCCAGAGGAUCCUGGGUAAUGUGCUAGGCGGUGUGCUGGGGACAGGCGGGCUCAAGGGUGAUGUUGGCUGCCCUCUAGCUCAGGAGGAAAUCAUAGAGAUUAACAGAGACUCAAAGCAGAACGGAGAUGCUGCCAGUGCCGCUUUAGCAAACGAAGACUGUCCCACCAUCGAUCAGGUUCUCAGUCCAGACGAGCGCAGCCCGAUGGGCCAAACCAGAGAACGUUACCAGCAGGACAGAGCCUGUUUCCUCCUCAACACACGAGAGUUCCGACCCACUGAUGGAAACGUGCGGAAAGGUUGUGUCAUAUCCCGCGUUUUGUUGAGUUUCUAGCGUUUGGCCAAUCUUUUAAGGAGACGCGGUGAGUCGCCGAAUCCUCAACCGUUUUGACGAUGGGGCCGUACCAUCCACACACUGGACAUGCGAGGAAUGUCGGAGUUGCUGGAAAGAAAAAAACACGGAAAGGGGAUUUUUCCAAGGCCGGAUCUUCACACGGUAACCAAAGCAACCUCACGGAAAAUCCCGGAUCACUCCUCUUCCUUGAGACAGACUGACUCUAAACAUGCACUGACACACUGAACCAAACCAACCGACUCUUUAAGUAAAACAUUCCAGUGAAAACACGUGACUGCCACACUGGUUUCUGUAUAUUCGUCUAUAUGUGAGAAUGAAGGACCAAGUUCAGAUAAUGAUGUAGCAUUUCUGCUAAGACCCUGUAGCAUUUCUUGGCUGGGAGAAUCUCCAACAACCUUUUUAAAGACUGAAGUUCUUUGACAGUUUGCACAGAAUGACUAAAUAUGGCUUAGUCAUGCACAACCUUUUUCUUGUUGUCCCCACUGUCGCAUUUUAGCCGCCAAAUGUGUCUGUGCUUCGCCGUGUGGUGGUUUCCUUUUGCCGUCCGAGAAAACCAGACUUUUCUCUCUUCUUGAGUCAAACUAAAGCGGGGGAAGCGAACGCCGUCGCUUUUCCCAAACAGUCUUCCAGUUUUCCCCGUGAGUUUAGGGGAGACCGCAUCGAAACAUACGGUCGCUCGGUCCCGACAGACCGAAGUCCGUUUCCUCUGACCAAAUAACGCACGAGAGUUAAAAAGGCACAAAACAACCCAAACCGGAUCAAAGCGUGACGUCUUUGUCCCUUUAAACGCCAACAGAUUGGCUGUACUGCCAGGGUUAGGGUCCUUUAAAAGAACCCCCCAAAAAUUCCCACAUUAAGCCUCUCUUGUUCCUAGAUUACAGAGAUUAUAGAGAAUUAUUUUGUGAUUUGGUUAAUAAUUUAUUUUGUAUUACGUAGAGCUAAUUGAUGCUGCCACAGAUGAUGCGCAUGCACACGCAAGAGUGCUCGGACCAAGAACAAGCGUAAGUUUGUUUACUUUUCUUGUGUUGUGUUGUUCUGAAAGGUCAGGGAAACACACAAACAAACACAUUCUUAAGAUGCUACCUGUCCAUUAAUCGUCUGCGUUAGACUUUAAACUAAAAACUGCCUUCAGAGUUUCCCUCCGUCAUCCACCUCUAUUCUCUCCUAUUGGCUUGAUGUCUCUCACUGUUGCUUCUUCUCGACCGAUCAGAGGGAGCGUUCGACGAGGUCACGCCAAACCAAUCAAGGAGAAUAAAUGUACAAAGAAAAAAAGAAUUUAUAUUUUGAUAUGUUAUGUAGUUGCAAAAACAUCUUCAUGGUUCACAGGGGACGCGACAAAUGCAAAACGAACUUGAAUUAUGAAAAAGAAUACAAUAAAGGGUGAAAUUCG